UGCAUGGAAACUCAUUUCUCCUGCUAUUUCUGUCGAUGACAAACUUCUGCCAGGAAAUCGUGUCGUCCGACGAGCCCAAAGCUUUUGUGGGUAUCAGAAAUGACGACACGGAGCUUGAUCAUAGGGGCAGCCAUUACACUUCACCAUGACGGUGACCUCCAUGGAGUUGAAAGCGUUGAUGGAUUGGGGAUACAGGUCUACAACACACCCAGUCUAUGACCAGGUGUUCGUGCCCAGCCCGGAGUUUCAGUUUGUUGAGAUGCGUGCUAAUUAUACGCUUGUUGACAUGCGCGUCACCCAAGCCAUCGAGAACCUCACUGGCGAGCUCACCCUGUCCACCAGCUCUUCGGCUUCCUCGAGCCCGCCACUUACUCGACCUGUGACCAAGCUCAGCACAAACGGCAUAUCAUUACAGGUUAGCAGCAGUUUAGUCCACAAACGGAUUCGAAAGACAGACCUAGCUGUCGCAAUGGCUAUCGGAAGCUCGCAGGAGAGAACGUUGCAGAAUCUCUUAAGCGAACGCAAGUCUCUCCAUCAUGAGAACAGGUCACCGACUGGGAGCGCAGCACGCCAGGCUGAAGCUAUUCAUACGGCACAAACACGCAGGAAUAUAGGAAUAGCGGUAGUGCAUCUCGGAAGCGGAGUGGCUUUCACUUACGAUGUCAUAUCCACCCAUGACAAUUCCUUACGCGCAUGGGUUUAUCAUUCUGCUCUGUUACAUACACUCUGUUUUGCGCCAACUCUCAGAACGGUACUAGCGAGUAGUUACCGCUUCAGGUACGUGAAAGGUUUUUUUUUUCCUUAAAGUUUACUCCCUCUGAACCAGCCAAAUACCAAGACUCUUACAACCUGUGACGAGAGAGCUGGCCGAGUAUAUUUUGUUAUGAGCCCCCAAGUGGCUGUACGAUCCGUGGCGUACAGCCAGAUAGCCGCGCACCAAAGACUGGGUACGAGGUGUCUGAUAGUUGCGUAUCAUUCCAGGGAACAACAAACAACAACGAGCGCGGGAAGGCUUGCAACGAUGCGCAAGUUUAUUUUUGAUAGCGAGAACUGACU